GGCAAGCAAAAGAGGCGGCUGACGUCACAAGAACGCGACAUUUGUUUUUGUUUUUCUUGUUUGACACUGUCAUUUUGUCUCCAUUUUAACCUUUCGUGUUAAAUUAGAUUUGAUUGUAAAAUGAAUUAAAGCAGAUACUGUGGUCGACGCGGCGCGAAGACUUAAAAAAAACCAAGUUUGUUAAAAACAUGGAUGUUAAUGUGGGUAUUAGAUUGCGGGUUUAUACAGUAACACAUGCUGUUUGGUGGGAUUCAGUGAUCCUGGAGGACAUUGGAUGUUAAAAAACAUUUAUAUUUGUUUUAAAAAGCGUGCUGGUUUUAUUCAGAAACGUCUUUUUUUCCCCCUGGUUGUGUUGGAGAUGUGCGGAGUCAGCAGAUCUUUGUGAAGGACUGAGCGUUUACUGGACUGGAUAAGAUUUCAAGACCAAUCGAGACAUGCAGUAGAAGGAGCCACCUCAGGAUUUCAUCCUCCUCAGAUACUCCUGUAAACCUUGAGGGGGAAAAAACACAGCCCAUGUCUGAGAUUCUAUGCCACACUCCGUCUAUUUCCGGUUAGAUUCCGUGGAAUCUUUAAUCGACGUCAUUCCAUAUAUGUUUUAUCUCGGCCUCUUCUUUGUGAACAUCCUCAUCCUCUACUAUGCCUUUCUGAUGGAAUACAUAGUGCUUAAUGUGGGAAUUGUCUUCCUACCUGAGGACAUGGACCAGGCACUGGUGGACCUGGGGGUCCUCUCUGACCCGGCAUCCGUCCCCUAUGAGACAGACCCAGAGUUUGAUGUGCUGGAGGGAUAUCUGGAGUAGAUUGUAUGGACAGAACAUGGCUUUGGUUAUGAGGCAUGUUAGUCAGGUGUGUGGUGGGAGGGAUGUGCUGUGUGGAACACAACCAAGGACUGGAUCUAUGAUGGUGAUGAGGAUGAAAAAUGGAAAUCAUGAUUCUUAUCGCCGUAGCUUUGAGAAAAUGGUGCCUUGGCCAUCACAUGCAAAAAAUCAGCGUACAAAGAAGUAAGGCUAUGCAGGGGCUUUGGAAUUGGUCCGAAAUAACGACCCAUAAAAAGCAAGGAACUGUGUACACUUUAUACACUUCAUCCACCUCAUACAGGCUGCUACAGUAAAAUAAUGGUGAUGGUUUGAAACAGAGGUUGUCCAGACUCAAGAAAAAAGAAGGGACGUGCGAGUCAGGUGGAGUUUCUUCCACGCCUACGUCGUGCGGUUGUCCAUAAAACGGAACGGAUCGGACCGGAUCGGACAUGACAUCACCACCUACACUGUGGCUCCCUUAAUCACUAAGCUGGCUUAGGUUUAGAUGGAUGCUCGCUCAAAGCUGCUGAGAUUUAGGCCUGGUUUUAACACCAAAGCUUCAAUGCAUCUUCAUCAUUUUUCGUUUGAGAUUAAAUACAUUAAUACAGCACUUAACACAUUUUACACUAUAAUUUAGGUCAGAUUCAUUUCAGUUUUAUUUUAUUUCCGUAGCGCUUUUUACAAUGGACUUUGUCUCAGAGCAGCUUUACACAGAUAAAGCGGUAAUAUUGUUAUAGAAAAGUCUGUGUACGUUUAUCGCCUAUAAGUUUGUUCCUUAUAACUGUUUACCCCUGACGAGCGAGCCGGUGGUGACUGUGGCCAGGAAAAACGCCGUAUGAGAAAGAAACCUUGAGAGGAACCAGACUCAAAACAGGAUCCUCAUCCUCAUCUGGGGGUCACCGAAUGACUAUUUAUUGCAGUCCCAUUGUUGAGGUGUGCAGUAAUUGAUGCGUAAAGAUUUGACCUCAGAUGUGUCUGACCUUCUGAAUUCUGCAUGUUUGGUUGCUUUCAUUUGAACGUUUUAAGUUAGAAUAGAUGCAAUACCUUAGCAAUACCUCUCUGAGACUGACGGAGAUUUUCUCCAUGCUGCUUUCGAGGAGUUUGAAGCCGAACGCUGAUUACACGCUGUAAAGCCCCCGAGCUGAUCCAUGGAACAUGGAUUACAGAAACAAAUCCUAUAUACACACACGCACAUACACUAUACUGUAUAUAUACAGACACACACAGAUAUAUAAUAUGUGUGUGUGUGUGUGUGUGUAUAAUAAAUAAUUAAUUUCACUUAAA